GCUCUGCUUCUCGCAUUUUCUCCGCGUGAGAGAAUUAUUAUUGUUGUUGUUAUAAUUAUAGGUAUACCUAGUACUUAUUUACUGUUUGUGCACGGACAUUAUCUUUUCGUUAUCAGCAGCCCAUCUAUCUAUGUAAAAUGAGGUUCCCACCGGCACUUCUCAUAAAUUUGGUAACCACACUAAUUACCACCCUAAUUAUUCACAGUAGAGCAGUGCUGGCUGCUUAUAAUGAGGCCAAAUAUUCUUUCAAAUAUGCAGUAGAAGCUCCUACAUAUAAUGUUGUAAACCACCACUGGGAGGAACGCCAUGGAAAUCAUGUAAGGGGUGGAUACGGCCUUCUGGAUCCAGACGGCAGAGUGAGGGUGGUGGAAUACCAAGUUGAUGGACAAAAAGGAUUUCAAGCAGUCGUUAGAUAUCGGCCACCGCCAGCUCCAUUAAUUCGUGGUCACCUACGCUUCCCAUGGGAAUAUCAGAAACCUGUGUGGUUUGCCAAACCAGUCAGCCUCAUUACAUCGGAUUUAUUCAAAUCGUCAUUGCCUUAUCCCUAUUUUCGAAAUUAAAACGACUAAUUACCAAUUAAUUUAAGAAGUGUUACGAAUAAAAAUUAGUUCCCUAAAAUAGACUGUCGUUAUUAAAAUAUGGUAAAAAAGAUAACUGGAUGAUGAUGUGUGGUAUGAGAAAAUGGGAAAAUGUAGGUAUAACUUAUUAAUGAAUACAGGGACGAAAUUAUCAUCUACCUUUGAUAAAGGGUAUUGUAA